CGAGAGAUAUAAAACCAUAUUUGAAAAUCUUUGCGCAUUUUCUUUGAGCUUUGUUUACCUGAUAAUUUCGGUAACUUCAGCAUCAGGGUUUUCAGUCGCGAGUUGGCUGUCGAUCGCGCGGGCGUUUUUCCGAAAACUCGUUUUUCCGCGUUUUAUUAUUUUCUCCUUCUGCCUUUAUGUAGUAAUUAUUUAAAUUAUAAUAAUGAGGUUUUUUGUUUUAAGGAUUCUCUUCACAACGUUAAUGAUUGGCAUCGCUGCUCCGAAUACACAUUCGAAGCAAAACCACACAGCAUUAGUCAACAGAGGUUGUACACUGACAGGGACUAAUAAAGCUCUGUGUUCUAAAUCUGGUCACCAGUUGGUGUGCACUAGAGGGUUCACCAAUGAUUGGUUGACUGGAGUAUGGCACGAAAUAAGAAGUUUAAAGGUAGUGGAUUGGCCGGGUACUUGUUUUAACGUGAAUCGCUUGGAGUAUCAUUACCCUAACUUGAGAGAAUUAGGCUUUUUCAACUGCACGCUCAUAACCAAGCUUAAAGGACGCUUCACCGCAGUAAGCAGAAUUGAGAAGUUCUCAGUGCACGGCUUGUCAUCGCUAUGGGAAGUUCCAGCAGAAAUGGUUUCACAAAUGUCACAACUUAAAGUUAUCGACUUCCGAAGCAAUGUGCUUAGACACUUAAAAGCACCGCUAUUAAAAGGGCCAAAAAAAUUAGACAAGGUCUACUUGAGUGAUAACAAGUGGGAUUGCAGUGAUGGUGGUCUCGAUUGGCUUGCCAUGGAACACGAGAAUGGUACCAUAAAACGAAUGAUUGUUGAUUAUUAUCUACUGGUGUGUCAUCAACAGCUUUACAGAGGAAAGCCUUUACACAAAGUCAUGGAUAUCAUAAAAAUGGUACGUGAAACUUGUCCACAGCCCUGCUUAUGCGCAAUGACUCAUGUAGUGACUGACCGAGUUGGUGGUAUCAUUCCGUUAAUCACAGUAGGCUGUGCGAAUAAGAAACUGACAGUUCCACCUACAACUUUACCACUUGGUGCAACAACUUUAAGAUUGGAGGGAAAUAAGUUAAAUACAAUUAGACCAUUGGUUCAGGAGCCUCAAUAUAGAAAACUUAUGGAUUUAUAUUUGGACAAUAACAGUAUACCUGCUGUUAAAGAGUUGGAGGGUUCUGAAUGGUUCACCACUUUCAGGGUACUGAGUCUGCGAGGGAACUUUUUGAAACAGAUACCAGUUUAUGCCUUUGACAAAGCAUUUCAAGCGAAUAAUAAUAUAAUGGGCGUAUUUCUUGGACAGAAUCCGUGGAGAUGCGAUUGUCACUUUAUUCCCCGUUUUCAAGCUUUGCUACUCAAAUAUAAAAGGAUUAUUCGAGAUUUAUCUGAUAUAAGAUGCUCGAAAUCUGAAGAUAAGACGAUUUCUCAAGUACAAAUCAGCACAAUGCCACUGGGAAACGUUUGCGGACGAACCGAGACGAAGUUAAUGCCAAUAAGUUCGAUUAAUAUUGUGAAUUUAGUACUUAGUUUUCUCAUAUUUAUUAUUAUUGUGAGAUUUAUAUACGACUGGCACCAUUUUAGAACCACAGGGAAGUUACCAUGGCUAUCGUCAAUACUUCCUUGAAAUUUGCUGGAAGUAAAUAUUUGUUGAUUUCCGUCUACAUAAUAAUGGGAUGAUACCAUAAUCACAACAUUAGCAUACAGGGAUCGUAAAGAUAGUUUGACUCCGCCUGAUAUUUUCUCGAAGCGUUGGAAAUAGUUUAAAGUUAUGGCUAAGUCGAAAUAAUAUGAUAAUAUGCAAUAUUAGAGCGACUCGUGGCCAUGUGUAAUACCUUUUCAGAAUCCCUAUUAAAUGCGCCAAAACUUGUAAUUAAUAACUCAAUUUUCGGUAAAGUAAUUUUU